UCCAUCUUUUUGGGAGGCCGUAGCGAUGCACAAGUUAUACUUUUUCCGAAACCAAAUAACAUCAAGGGUGCUGGUGAGCCCUGUCUUUAGAAUGGACUCCGCCAUUCUGAGCCAGAUUGGCGAACACCGGCCCGGUUUGCGUAUACGUGGAGAUCAUUGGGUACCAUUUGCUGUGUUAACGGGAGUGAAACGACCGGAAACUCUGCAAGCGAUUCAGGCACAUGUAGUUAAGAAGGUGUCCAAGGACCCAAUCGCAUACUACCGACUCCCUCUGCCCGAGACAAAGAGAAAUCCGUUCGUUCCCCGCCCCCCACGAUCAAAGAACCCUUUUGCACAAAAAGCACAGAAACCCUUCCAAAGAGUUGAUCCGUUGGCGCCAUGGACAGUUCCAGAGGAUGUAAAAGCCAAAGUCAUAGAUCUGUGCAAGACGCUCACCUUUAAUCCAGUGGUAAAAGCAGAAGUUGAGAGCAGUUUGAGUGCGCCACUCAUAGGAGAAGCCAUAGUAGGAGAGGAGGCAAACACUGAGCACGGUGACUCUGUGAUCCCAUCUGAUUAUGAGUUGGGACAAUAUACAAUAUGGUGGGAGCGGGAACAAUACAGAUAUUUGGUGGAAGAAAGCGCUGAGGGGUUGGUAUGGCCGGAAUUUGUGGAACACAGAAAGUUGAAAUUGAUUAGAAACCGGUAUCCGGCUGUGCCCGGGUUCGACGUGAAAGCCCUCGAUGAUGCGGCUUCCCUGGGAGCCUCCCAACCCACAAGCACUACUGUAGUAUAGAUAGAAUGUAUCCGCAUGGCAUAUAUACAUGAUAUAUUUCAUUUCCCAA